AUGCUUUACGUCUGCCUUUCUCUACAAAAUCCCUCAUGCUUGGCUACUAACACACAGUACGCUUCGAUCUCCCUUCGUGAACAUCCUCAUGGAAUUUCCUCUACUCGAUAUCUUCACAUUCCUACACCUGGAGUAUUGUCUUCUAUUGAGGAUACAUUUGGGGUUUCCCUUUGGGUACCUUCAUCGCGCUACGGCUUAUCUCCAGCUCUACAACCUUUCCAUCUCUUCUUACCAUCCCAUUCACCAGCCUCUGCUGCUUGGCAUCGGUUACUACAGGCCUUCGAGAGUCUGCCUAUUCAUCACCUCUUACAUGAAGACUUAUCCCUUGCCAUCCCCCCUCCACAACGACAAGUAUUUACAGAACAACAACUUCUAUCUCUUGUUCGAAAUACUUUUAACCCCAUUCCUGUCCCCAAUCUUCCUGACCAUGUUCUUGCCUCUGAUGUUUCCAUGAUCCCUUCUAAUCCCGCUUUUGGCCACUUCGCCUCUAUUAUUUUCGCCAGUAUUCAUGCAUCCUUAUCCUACGCUCUUUCCCUUCCUCCUCACUCAACCUUUCAUAUCUUACAUGGAGAACCAUAUGGACUAAUACUUACCGCUUUGCUUUUUAGGGCCAACCCUCAUUCCGAUCAAUUUUCAACUUGGUCUGAUCAUUAUAACGCUGUCCGCUUCUUUCAAGUCGCCCUUCGUACACCACCACCUCCUCAUUUAUGGAGCUCGUUACCUGCUCCAUCCCUCUAUAGGUGGUUGUACAGCAUACUCUCCUCCUUCCCCUCCACGCCCACAAUUCAACAUGUUCGUGCUCAUACAGAUUUACAGGAUAUACCUUCUCGGGCGAAUGACGCUGCGGAUAGUCGGGCCUCUCGUUCCCAGACAGUUCACCCUCCUCCCCCUACUGCGCCUAUCCCCACUUUUACUAUGGAUAAAUAUGUCCUUUUCCGAGAUGACAUCGGCUCCGUGGAGUCAAACAUCGCUGGAUUUGUUCAUUCAUGUUUACAUCACAAAAUCGCUACCAGCCCUCGCUUCCCACUGUCGGCUUAUAUGAUCUGUCCUCUAUACGAUCCUUACUCCUCUCCUGCCUUCCCUUUACGAGGACUUCUCAUGCGUACUCUGCUGAGAUCAGGGGAUAUUUCCCCUUGGUCCCGUUUCAGAUGUGGCGCUACCAAGACAGCUCAUCAUCUCUUCGUCUCUCGCCCAGAGUUCCCACCUCUUCGUGAACAAUACUCCGCUCGUGCGCAUGAUCGUCUCAAUGACAUCGCCUCCAGCCAUGAACACCAAUCCAUCUCCUUCCCUUCUCUCCACCACAUCGCUUCUAUCCUCUUUGUUGAUGAUGCCUCUGCGUGGCCAUUGGCUCAGUCCUACUAUUACAUCGGCCUGGUCCCCCGAUUAGAAGCAUUUCUUCCGGCUGAUGCUGCUUGGUCCCCAGCAGAGCGAGAUCGCUUCCUAUGCAGGCUAGCCCAAUCUUGGCACGCCAUUGCUGGACGUGCAUGGGGAUAUGUACAGAGGUGGACUGCCUCCAACGAUCGUUCCCGAAUCUCUCAUUGUCCUACUCAACUUCCCCUUCCUGUUCAUUUACAACAUUUACAGCGUAGAGUUUCCCCUAACGCCUCACUUCCUUAUGAUGGUCUCUUUCCUUAA